GACGUGAUUGUCUUCAUCCUUUGGGUUUCGCGGCGAGAAAUUCACACCCUUUGGAUCGCAACACGAACACCUGAAAAAAAAAAUCCCUAGAAAAGGUUUUCGUAAAAAAAAAAAAAAAUCAAAAAACAAAAAAUUGUAUUAAUUUUGAGCUGAUAUGAAAUCCGAGCAAAUUCUUUUCUGAACGAAAACUCAACAACUUCCCAACCAAUUUGUUGUUUCGUUUGACCUUUGUACCGAAUCAAGCGGAGGAGGUUAUGUUGUUGUUGUGAUAGGACGGUGGGGGAGAGAAGAAGCUGGGGAAUUGGCGAGGAGGAAACGGUGUCGGAUUGACGAUGGAAUUGCUGUGUGCUACGAGGACCACUGGCGACCUUUGGGCUCGGGGAAUCGGAGGAGGUUUCAGCCAUGAGAGCGAGCAUGAUUUGGCUCUCAUGGUCAGCGAUUUUCUCGAAAAUGGAAGCGGCGGCACAGAUUCUCGCUGUAGCAGCGAUUCCGAUUCUGGUUUCUCUGAUCUCGCCCACCUCGCAGAUAAAAUUUCCUUUUAUAAGCAUUCUGUGCCGCGGUAUGAGAUGGACUUGAUGUCUGUGGUUAAUUCUCUCAUAUUGUCUAUCAAAGAGACAGAGCUUAACGUUGUUAAGUCGGGCCAAUGUAACGGUAGCUGCAUCAGGUUUUCGCUGGUAAAGCUCUUGAGACUUUCCGGCUAUGAUGCUGCUGUGUGCUCGACGAGGUGGCAGGGUAGUGGCAAGGUGCCAGGAGGGGAUCAUGAAUAUAUUGAUGUGCUGAAUUACAAUAAUAAUGGGAGUUCUGAGCGUUUGAUCAUUGAUAUUGACUUUCGAAGCCACUUCGAAAUAGCUAGAGCUGUUGAUUCUUAUGAUAGAAUAUUGAAAUCGCUCCCAGUUGUUUAUGUGGGUUCUUUGGUAAGGUUGAAGCAGUUUCUUCAGGUUAUGGUUGAGGCUGCGAGAUCUUCUUUGAAUCAAAAUUCAAUGCCUCUUCCUCCAUGGAGAUCUCUUGCUUAUUUGCAAGCAAAGUGGCAGUCGCCCCACCUGAGACAUUUUCUACCAGGUGAACAGAAUAUCAAUGGCACCUGCUCUUUUGAUCAUGAACAGUGCAUAGGUCACUUAAAAAGGCUGCAGUCUUCUCUGCAUUCUGAAAUUGAACCAGAGCUGUUUCUGAAGCCGAUAAACAGUGACAAUAACCGGAGGUUGAAAGUUGAGAGGCAUCGGCAUUCCUUCUUGAGACCUCUUUGAGAGGUACAAAUUUUGGCCUUGGAAAAUGCAAGUUCCAUAUGAGAGUGUAAUUCUAUUGCGGCUUUCUUUUCUGUGAUUUGUUUUCGACAUAUUAAAUAAGUGAGAACCAGCAUAAAUUGAAGCUUCAGAGAAGCACACACUGCUAACAAUGACAAGCAGCAUUUUCGUUCUUUACUUUUUUUGGCUUGAGUCGGUAUCAAGUUUUCGGAGCUGCAUAUGUGUAAUUCUUUAUGCUUUGAUUGAACCACUAUUAGCGAAUUGAUGAGUAGAUUGUUUCUGGGUUUUGCGUUUUCAUAAUCAUCUUGAAUGUA